AUCAUAACUGAAGCCUCUCUCAAACCAGAGACUGAGAGAGGGAGCUGAUUCAAUUCAGAGUAACGCUCUCUCAAUUUUGAAGAUAGGGAGAACAAAACAAAUCUAAAAACCCUAAAUUUUUCAAUCAAUCAUAUUCAUCUCAAUAUUUUCAUUGAUUACUUGAUUUAUAGCUUACGCCUUGCGAUUUGAAGAUUUUCGCGAAAUGGGAAGCAAAAGGGAAGAGGUGAGAAACGAGAAAAUUAUCAGGGGUUUGAUGAAGCUCCCUCCCAAUCGCCGAUGCAUCAACUGCAACAGCUUGGGUCCCCAAUAUGUGUGCACGAACUUUUGGACAUUUAUUUGUAUGCCGUGCAGUGGAGUGCACCGUGAGUUCACUCAUCGUGUUAAGUCUGUUUCCAUGGCUAAGUUUACUUCUCAAGAAGUGGAUGAACUUCAGAAAGGUGGUAAUCAGCGUGCACGGGAGUUAUUUUUGAAGGCCUGGGACCCACAAAGCCAGAGGCUUCCAGAUAAUAGCAAUCCUGAUAGAGUUCGUGAGUUUAUAAAGCAUGUUUAUGUGGACAAGAGAUAUGCUAUUGAAAAGAUGCCUGAAAAGCCUCCGAGAGAUCCUCAGACCAUAAGAAGCCAUGAAGAUGAGACGAGGCGAGCAAGCUCUUAUCAUUCUUUCUCUCAAAGUCCACCUUAUGAUUUUCAAUAUGAAGAAAGGCGUUAUGGGAAGCCCAUACCUUCACUUGGCAGAAAACCCGGUUCAGACCGCGGUCUUUACGAUGGGAAGUUGUCUAGUUUCUCGAGUCCUGGUCAAUCUAGUGAUCAAGCAUAUGAUGAGAGGUUUGCAAAUGAGGGAUCUUGGCCUAGAGUUUCAGAUUAUUCUGUCUCUAGUGGAGGCGAUCCAUUCAGAUCUGAUGUGCUCUCACCUAACUUCCAGAGAGAAACCUGGAGCCCCUUCAGUGAAAGCGAGACUUCGAGUAAUUUCACAAAUGAGGUGCACGGGCAUCACACGUUUUUACAUAGUUCAAAAGCACAUGAUGGAAGUAGGAGAGUCGGGCAUCCACAGUAUUCUUAUGUGCAGAGAACUUCAUCUUUGGGAAGUAUCGGAUCAUUUGAUUCCAUGUCCUUCAAAUCUGUAAGCUCAGUGGCUGCUGCUGAAGCCCAACAGUCUGUUGGGACAUCCCAAGAAAAAGCUUCACCACUUCCCUCUCUUCCUCAAUCUUCAGCAUCCAGUAGCUUCAAUGGUUUGGACCUCUUCAAUGAACCCUUUUCUCCACAAAACACCACUUCUCCUAAAACUGUUUGCAAUUCGCAAUCACCAGAGACAUUGUUACCCCAACCCCUUGAUUUGUUUCAGCAAUCUCCUAUAUCUUCAGCUCCAACUCUCACAGAGCAGCAACCAUCAGAAACUCUACUACCUGCAACAUUAGAAUUCGCGGGGCUGCCUCAGCCACAACCAAUUGCUGGCUUCGAUGGCAUGACUUCUGAUGUGGUGAUGGCACAGAAAGAAGCAUGGGCAACUUUUGAUGUAUCUCAGAACUCAUUGAUUAUGGGCAGUAAAAAUUCUACCCCUGCUGCUGUGCCAUCGUCUGAUGGAAAUAAUCUGCUAGUUUUUAACCCUUUCUCACUUGAUCAUUGUGCAUCUAAUCAAAAGGACCCACCAAGUCUUGAACAUAGUGCGUUGACACAUGCACUCUGGCAGGACAACCUACAAAAUGCCGAAACCACCACAAAUAACACUCAGGAAUGGAAUGCAUUCGAUUAUUCCACUGGAAAACAACCAGUUGAAUACAAACUAGAAGAUAGAGGUCAAGCUCCAGUUCUAUAUGAUUCAAAUGAUAAUAGAUCUCUUGGCAGUGGUGUGUAUGAGGUUCUGCCUAGCGAUGGGAAUUUUAGAACUUCAUAUGGGAUCCAACCUCCUUCAACUAGUGUAUCUUUGCAUUCGAGUAUGGCAUUGCAGAGUUUCUCCUUUGUUCCGGAGGCUGGAGUACAUCCAGUUGCAACUGCCCAUAAGCCUACAAAUCCAUUUGAUUUUCCCUGUGAUGCAGACUUGGCACCAACUAAUAUGACUCAAUUCUGGGACAUGAGCUCGUUGCAAGCAGCUCUUCCGAGUAAUCAGGGACUGGCUACUUAUGUUAAUGAUGUGAAUGAAUCGUGGUUUACCCAAAAUACAGUUCCAUAUACCCCUGGUGCUGUUGCAUUUGACCCUCCAAAUGGCUCUUUGGGGUAUAUAGUCGGGCAAGUGCCAACCACCCACAUACCGAGCAGUCCUGCUCAAGGCCCUGUUUCAUCCACCGGGGGCAAUCCUUUUGCAUAGCGUUCUACUUUUCUGAUAUUGCUAGUAUCAUCAUAUCAAGAUGUUUUUGGCCGGUGUAUUUAGUCUAGUUCCUUCGUUUUCAUAGAUAGACCCCAGUUUUUCAUGUUUCCAGUUUUUUCAUGAUUGUAUUCUUUGAGGAAUAAGAUGAGAGAAAGCGUUUCGUUGGUUGUGAUAUAUAUGAAUCAAGUGCGUACUUCUAUGUUUGUAACUUUGUAAGUAUAGUUGAAGCUGAAAUUGUAUCGAAACUUGUUCUUGUAUGGAGAUUUUACCUUUCAUUGA